AUGUCAGGAACCGGAUUAUCGCUAUUCGUGACGGGUCUUAUACUGAAUUGUUUGAAUUCCAUUUGCCAGAUAUACUUUACUAUAUUAUAUGGUGAUCUUGAAGCAGACUAUAUCAACUCAAUCGAACUGUGUAAGAGGGUGAAUAGGUUGAGUGUACCAGAGGCAAUUCUACAAGCUUUCAUUUCUGCAUUGUUUCUUUUUAACGGGUACUGGUUCGUAUUUCUCUUGAAUGUCCCUGUUCUAGCAUAUAACGCAAGUAAAGUCUACAAGAAAACACAUCUACUGGACGCCACGGAUAUUUUCAGAAAAUUGGGUAGAUGCAAAAUUGAAUGCUUUUUAAAAUUGGGAUUUUACCUUCUCAUAUUCUUUUUCUACUUCUACAGAAUGGUCACAGCGUUACUUGAAAAUGAUGCAAAUUUGAUAAGCUAA